UGUCCCUGCGCCAUUUCGUAAAGGGAAAACGCAUGGCGUUCAUUUAAUGUACAGAGUCGAUACUUGUGCCCACUACAUAAUUUGUAGAUCCUUCCGAAAUAUUCAUUUUAAACUUUAAGAUUUUGUGUAAUUCGUGGGGGCCAAGAGCUGCUCUCUGAGAAGGUACUACUGGGAGUUGUAGUUUUGGCUGAGCACACCCCCAAGACCCCUGCCUGCAUACACUGGUCCCGUCCUCAGUGACAAAGAACUUACAGGCAGGACAGACGACCUCCCUGCACACAGGCACUAUGGAGGAAGUGCCAGGCCAAGAGAUGGACUUAGACCCACUGAUGCCAAGUCGCUCGCCUUCCGUCAGCAGCCUGAUGGCCAGCAACGUGACCAACAAGACGGACCAGCGCUCACUCAACUCGCGGGUCUUCAUCGGCAACCUCAACACCAUGCUGGUGACCAAGGCCGACGUGGAGGCCAUCUUCAGCAAGUACGGCAAGAUCGUGGGCUGCUCUGUGCACAAGGGCUACGCCUUCGUGCAGUUCGCCAACGAGAGGAACGCCCGGACCGCCGUGAAUACUGAGGACGGCCGCAUGGUCGUGGGGCAGGUGCUGGAUAUUAACUUGGCAGGUGAGCCCAAACCACACCGGUCAAAGACCACAAAGCGUUCUGCAGGAGACAUGUACAGUAGUCCAACAUUUGAGUUGGACUAUGACUUCCAGAGAGAUUACUACGACAGGGUGUACUCGUACCCGUCCCGUGUGCCUCCCCCACCGCCGCCCCUCCCGCGCGCAGUCAUCCCCUCCAAGCGGCCACGUGUUAGUAUCAGCAGCGGGGGCACCCGCCGCACCAAGUCCAACUUCUCCUCCACGUCCAAGAGCAGCCAGAGGACUUCCUCACGCAACAUGAAAGCAGAUGAUGUGCAGACCAUCAAAAAAGAGCUGACGCAGAUCAAACACAAGGUGGACUAUCUGCUCGAGAGCCUGGACCGUAUGGAGAAGGAUCACGGCAAGAAGUCAGAAGGUAAGGGUGCCAAGGCGGAGGCAGGAGAGGUGUCCUCCCUGCAACACUCCAGCAGUAAGAAGGAGCGCGAGCCUCAGGAGCUCAACGACUCCGAGGAGGAGGGAAACCUGCUGGAGGAGGAAGAGGAGGAGGAGGAGGUGAAAAGCCAAGGAAGAGAGAAUGAGGAGGAAGAGGAGGAAGGCGAGGAGGUGGAGGAACAGGAGGAAGGGGAGGAUGAUGGAGACAGUGUCAAUGGAGACGACUCCUAAAGCUACAGAAGGAGCGUGAACGAAUACACACAGACACACACACAAACAAAUUACAAUUAAAGUGGAGUUUCACGAUUCCUGUUUUAUCAUUAACACUAAUGUAGUGCACAUGCAUGUUCUCUGACACACUCAUACUCACUCACACACACACACACACACACACGCACACACACACCUACUCCUCAAGGUGACUUGAAGUCCUUGGAAUGAAUCUCUCCUGUCUUUCCCCAUUCCAUUUGCUUUUACAUGUCUUGGCAUCUCUCUACUGUCUUUUACUACCAGUAGGACUCACACUCGUUGGUUUGUGUGUGUGUGUGUGUGUGUGAGAGAGAGAGAGAGAGAGAGAAUAAUGGGAAGAACGUGUGUGAGCAUGUUAUUCUGUUUUUGACCAGCAGAGGGAAUGAAAGUGGUUGUGUGCUGUGGAAACCGGAACUGGUCAGCAAGAGGCUUGUUCCUAGGCAUAUAUUUUAAUGGUGUAAAACAAAAUCUCUGUUGUCAAUGUCUUGAAUGAAAAUGCUAUCCUGUUUCUUUUUUUUAUGUUUGUGUUUUCAGAAAAUGGUGCAUAAGUUAGUGUCAUCAUAGCUUCAUGUCUUUUUAUAUAUUAUCUGGUUUCACUUGUACUGUAAAGAAAUAUUUCAAUAAAAUGUCCAAAGUU